UAUUUUAGAGUGAGUGCUAGGUACAACACGCAAACACCUCAAUUAGUACAACACAAAACACUGUUUAGUCACAAUGUGAAUCAAAAUAAAGCAGAUCUCAACACACACACAGCGACCGAGUUCCCAGCGUUCAUUAGCAGUAGAAAAAUCAAUGAGUGACAAGCGCUGGUCACAAGAUUACAAUCCAUCGAAUUCGCGACUACGAACAAAAGGUGCUCGGUAGCCAGCGAGAUCUUGUAUAUAUAUACUUCUAAUCGAAGUGCUCGAGUAAUCUCACUUGAAAGGCCCAAAACCUUUUCGUUUUCGGACUGGCAAACACGUAGUCUCGCUCUCCGCAUGUCUUUCCAAGUGUGAACCUACACAGAGGGUCAACUGGCAGUCAAUUAAGCGCUGAAUAGCAAUCGUUUUUUCGGGUAAAGCUGCACCUGACUCCCGCAAUGGCAGAGGGCGACCAUUCGGCAAAGCAAGAGGAACGCACUGGGCUUCCGGCUCCGAUGAUCUCCCGCAAGGAGGUCAGUAUCUGGGCCAUCCUUAAGAACUGCAUCGGCAAGGACCUGAGCAAGAUCACCAUGCCAGUCAUGCUCAACGAGCCACUAAGCUUCCUCCAGCGACUCUGCGAGUACAUGGAAUACGCACAACUUCUCACCGAAGCCGCCCACCAGGAAUCCCCGGCGGACCGGAUGAAAUACGUAGCAGCGUUUGCCGUAUCCGCAUUAGCCUCGAACUGGGAGCGCCUGGGAAAACCAUUUAACCCUCUUCUCGGUGAAACGUAUGAGCUGCAGAACGGAGACUAUCGAAUUGUUUGCGAACAAGUCUCCCAUCAUCCGCCAGUAUCUGCUUUCCAUGCGGAAUCCAAGGACUUUAAGUUUCACGGCACAAUCAACCCAAAAAUCAAGUUUUGGGGAAAGAGUGUUGAGGUGAACCCGAAGGGAACCGUCACCGUGGAGUUCCCGAGAUGGAACGAAGCCUACAGUUGGACUAAUGUCAAUUGCUGCGUGCACAAUAUUAUUGUGGGCAGACUGUGGAUAGAGCAGUACGGAAAGAUGGAGAUCACCAACCACUCCACUGGCCAUGUGGCCAGCCUCACCUUCAAGUCCGCCGGAUCUGGAGCUAAGAACUUACAUCGCGUCGAGGGAUUCGUCAAGGAUGCCAGUGAAACAAACCUUUACUUCCUGUACGGCAAAUGGACCGAGUUUAUCAAGUGCUGUUCCGCCGAGUCCUACAUUCAGUAUCUUAAGCAGGGAACCAGAAAGAACGACGAUUUUGACGGCUCGCCUAAUGGCACCCCGAAGAAAAUGUUUUCGAAACUGAACAGCUUUAAGCUGAACUCGUUCCGCAGCCUGUCCAUUCAAGACAACGACAACUAUCCUCCGCUCGAGCAAGAGGGCGACAUACCGAAGAGUGAUUCCGCCUACUCGAUUGACAUACCGGACUCCACAACACUGUGGAGUUGCAAGCCCAGACCUUCCAACUGCAACGAGUAUUACCAGUUUACGCAUUUUGCGCUGCAGCUUAACGCCAUGAAUAGUAACAUGAAACCACCGCUAACACUUUGCCCUACCGAUUCGCGACUGCGACCUGAUAUUUUAUACUUAGAGGAAGGAAACCUGGACGGAGCGUCCAAGGAGAAAACACGACUCGAGGAGAAACAAAGGCACACGCGGAAGCAGAGAAAAUUCGCCAAUAGCGAUGACUGGACUCCGAAGUGGUUCAAGUUCACAACUAACCCAUUUACCAAGUCCGACGACUGGCUGUACAGCGGAGGCUAUUGGGACCGCAAAUAUGAGAACACCGACACGAUAUUUUAGAUACGUUUUGUAGAUCGCUUAUGCUAACCGUAUACAUAUUUGUAAAAAGUUUAAGAGCUGUUCGAAGUUAGGAGUCUUCAAUAACUGGCAAACAUGACUUUCCAUUGAAGCGAUCAGUUAUUGCAUUGACUUCUAGUCAAUCAAGUCGCACAAGCAUGCAUAUAUACAUUUAGUUGAACGCUUACUUUUGGUAGUCCCUAUGUGUGUGUAUAAAUAGUUGUUAACUCGUGACGAUUCCAUACGAAGCAAUUAAAGUGUUAUUCAGUUAUUUGUUGCGCAGCAAUGCAAGAAAAGAA